CAGAUUAACUUCAGAUAUCUACAAUGUCACCUAAAUACAUCCAAUAUUUCUAUAACAGAUUCUCAUAAAGGCAAAAAGAGCUUCUGAAAGUCUCUUUGAAGUCAAGAGAAAACAAGUUGUUGAGAUAUAGACAGAAAGAAUAUUGAAGUGAAAGCAAAACAAACAAGCCUAUGCUAACUGACAUAACCAUAAGACAACAGUAGUAAUAAGUGUUGUCGAAACACAUGUGCUUAAUUUGCAGAAACAGAGACAAAAUGCAGAAAAUGAAGAACCUUGGGAGUAUUGGAAGCAGUGGGAGGCUAUCAGCAGAAGAGUGUGAAGAUGAGGAUGUUUCAAAAUUGGCCAUUUCAGCAUAUCAAGCUAAGGAAGAAGAGAUUGAGAGGAAAAAGAUGGAGGUGAAAGAGAGAGUUGAGCUUCAACUUGGACGCGCUGAAGAAGAGACGAGGCGCUUGGCACACAUUUGGGAAGAGCUUGAAGUGCUGGAUGAUCCUAUGAGGAAGGAAGUUGCAAUGAUACGUAAGAAGAUUGACUUGGCUAACAAAGAUUUGAAGCAACUUGGACAGAACUACCAGAAAAAGGAGAAAGAGUAUAAAGAAGCCUUGGAAACUUUCAAUGAAAAGAACAAAGAGAAGACGCAUUUGGUAGCGACACUAGCUGAGCUGUUGACUGAGAGUGAAAGACUGAGGAUGAAGAAACUGGAGGAACUGUGCAAGACCGUAGAGUCCGUGUCACUAAAACAAUAAUCUCUGACAGUGUGUUUUUAAUUACUAGCUUGGCUUAUUCAUUUUGCAGUGGCUUGUAUUUAAAUGUUAUUCAGAUUGCUUUGUUUGUGGACUUGACAAAAUAAAAUACAACAUUCUCACAUUUGAUUGAUUGUAAGAAAAAAGGCAAAGUUAGUCCGAUUUGUCCUUUGAAAGUACCUUAAUUCAACAGUAUCAGCAAUUUUCAUCAUAUUUUGCUGCAAUUUUCAUCA